AAACGUAUUAAUUCCAAUAGUGAUUAGAGAGAUCUCAACCUCAACUCAGGGAAAGUCUCGAUGCGUAAACCUACCUAAUUGAUAUCAGAGGCAUAUGAUAACCUCUUUGUGACUUUAAAAAACUAAAAAUAGCUUCAAAGUAUUCAAAAAAACAAAGGAGGUGUGUUAAAAAAUGGCCAACUCCCUUAAAUAUUUGAAUAAAAUUCCUCAAAAUCUAAGGAACAUUUCUACCUCAGCACCUAAAAGUGAUGCUUGGCUUUCAAAAAUCUUUGUUAGAAAAAUCGAGCCCACUAAAGAGAGUCACAGCCGAAUGCUGAGUGACAAAGAAGUAAUCUACACCUUGCAAACACACAACUACAAGCCCGAUUCCAAACAAGCCUAUUUGAAUAAUGUGAAAAACACCCUUCAGUGGGUCAAAUCUCAGGACCAGUUAAAAGACUCUGUAAGCCUAGUGGGCAGCUGGGUGGUUAAUGUCGGAGAUCAAGAUCAGGCUCUUCAUUUAUGGAAAUUUACUGGAGGUUUCAAGCAAAUUGAUAUUUUCAAUCACAUUACAGAUACAAACGAAGAAUAUGAAAAGCUUCGUGUAGAACAAGGCAAAGUAGUCCGUGCAAGACAUCUACAGUAUUUGUUAGCAUUCAGCUAUUGGCCUCAAAUUCUAGCAAGAAACCCAAAAAAUAUUUACGAAAUCAGAAGUUACGCCUUGAAACCCGGAACGAUGAUUGAAUGGGGCAAUAAUUGGGCCCGAGCUAUUAACUUUAGGAAAAACAACGACGAAGCAUUUGCAGGAUUCUUCUCUCAAGUUGGUAGAUUGUAUAAUGUGCAUCAUAUUUGGUGUUAUGAGAAUUUGAAUAAGAGAAAAGAGACCAGAGAGAGUGCAUGGAGGUCUCCCGGAUGGGACGAAUGUGUUGCUUAUACAGUUCCUUUAAUCAGAGAAAUGCAUUGUAGAGUUAUGGUGCCAACUGAAUUUUCACCUACUCAAUAAGGUAAUUUGCUUAGAAAGCAGAAAAAAACAUCAACAGAAUAUCAGAUAUAGUAUUUUUUAUAUAUUUUUUUGCAACAUGUUUUUAUAUUAUAGAUACAUUGUUAAUUUUUAGGUUUUAAUCUUUUUUGUUGCAUUUUUAGGCCAAGAUAAUUGUUGUUUGAAAAAAAAAAUAUAUAUAAAAAUUUGAGGCAAGCUGAUUUUUUCAGCAUUGGUCAAGCGGGGUAUCCUGAGUGUAAAAGCACCAGAAUCAGAAACUUUCUGCCCUUAACUAUAGGGUUUGUUUCUCAACAUUUUGCUACAAUGGAAUUUCUAAUCUCUUAUUGUAGAUAAUCGGAUUCUCUACAACUUUUUUCUAUACUAUUUUUUUUUAAAUUCAUUAUUUAUUAAGCUGGCGCCCAUUUUGUAAGCCAUUUUGUACCACCGAUUUAACUACUAUACAGGGUGAGCCAAUGGAAACUUUCUACUGCAAUUUUUGGAUUUGAAAUGAAAAUCUGGAAAAACUCUAACACGAUUUUUGAUUUGAGACCAUCUUUUUUUCAGGCUCUGUAGUUUAAACCCCUUAGCUGGGGGAAGAACCCCCCAAAUUUGAGUGGGGGAUAGGGGUCGUGUCAUACAUGUUUUUAAAGGUCUCAGCGAUUUAUUAAUGACCCUAGAAUUUCAUCUUAUUAUUUUUAUCUAUAACAAAAUGAUAGGUUGUCAAAUUGUUGGAAAUAAACUAUUGUUUAAGUAGGACUAAAAGUGACACUUAUUGUCCGUCGUUUUUAAUCUGAUACUUUCUGUAUUAGGAGUGAGGGGGUGAAGCAUAUGGCAAAAACAGGUGUGACGUUAGGUGAGCAUUGGCGUUCUGUAGGGAGCCACCAGUUCACAUUCCUUAAAGUAUCAGAUUAAAAUCGACGGACUUUACCUCCCUUAAUAAAAAUUCUUACAAUAAAGUUUUAUUAUUAAUAAUAAUAAUGAUAAUACAUAAUAAGCAAAAAAACAACUUCAAUUAUUAAUAAUAAUAAAUAUUUAAUAAUAAUCAUAAAACUAGAACAACCAUUGUAAGUAUUUUUGUUAAAGGAGGUACCUAAAUAUCGCUUUUACUUCUACUAAAACAAUAGUCUAUUUCCAAGGUUUUGACAAGCUGUUAUUUCGUUACGGAUAAAAAUAAUACGACGAAAUUCUAGGGUCAUAAAGAACUCGAUGAUAUCUUUAAAAAGAGGUAUGAUACGAACCCUAUCCCCUAUUUGAAUUUGGAGGAUUGUUCUCCACCCAGCUAUAGGGGGUUAAAGCUACAGGGAUGAAAAAUAGUUCCCCCUCAAAUCACAAAUCGACAUAUCCGACUCCGAGCGUUUUUCCAGAUUUUCAUUCCAAAUCCAAGAAAUCAGGGUGGAAUGUGUCUAUUGGCCCACUCUGUAUAGUAGUUUGAUUGGAAGUACUAAAUUGCUUAUGGCGAGUUUAUAAAAAAAAAUAACACUUAAACUUAUUUAAGAAAAUUAACUUACAACUAAGAAUUUAUGUAAUUCUUAGUUGAUAAGUCUUAAUUUUUUUUUUAUGAACCGCUACGUAACAUAUCAUAACGUCAACUAUAGUUCGCCUUACGAGUCUAGCACUACGACGUCUGAAGAGCAAGGGGAAAUAACGCCAUUCAUUUCGAGCUUUAUGCUGCCUGUCAUAGGCGUGCGCGCAGCGUUUUUAAAUAAUACUUUUUCCUUAUAAAUGUAGGUCUGUAAUAUAGAUAAAUAUUAGGGUAUUUUCUAUUGGAAGUCUAAUAGACAAUGGUGCAAUUUUUUUAUCCGCAUUCUUUCCCCAUAGUGAUAGACUCGUAAGGUGAACAUUAUUUAAGUUAAAUGUUAAUUCUUAGUUUAACUGUUUAAGUGUUAAUUUUUUUUUUUAUAAACCCGCCAUUACAAAAUGGGGGCUAGCUUAAUAAAUAAUAGAUUGAAAAAUACUAAGUAUAGCAGAAAGUUACAGAAAAUCCGAUUAUCUACAAUAGACCCAAAAAUUCCAUUGUAGCACAAUGUUGAGAAAAAAACCCCAUAGCUAAGGGCGUAAAAGAGGAAAGUUCCUGAUUCCGGUAUUUUUACACUCAGGACACCCCCCUUGAACAAUCCUGGAAGAAUCAGUUUGCCUCUAUUUUUUUAUUUUUUUUUCACUCCUCCCAAAAAUACAACUAUCUUGGACUAUUUCAGGUUUUAAGGAUUAUUAUUGUUAAAACUGAAUUUUUACUGCUAUGUCAGUAAUUAUUAGCUCUGUUCCAUCCGACAUAAGAACCGUUCCAGAAACAGUAAUUUUAAGUUGCCCACCUAUUUUUCAAAAAGUUGAAUGUUAAUCCUACUUGACAAAUUAAUUGAUCGACUGGAAAUUACCGUUUUAGAACGGUUCUCAUGUUGGUUGGAACAGAGUAUAACAUAUUUCUGUUGAUUAUUUUUUAUUAUUUUUUUUCCUUUCAUCAUAUUGUAGCUAUAGCAGUGUAUCUUUAUAACUAAUAUAAAUCAAGAUUAAAUCUUUUUAAGUAUAGAGUGUAUGUUGAGUUUUUUAUUAUUCGAGCUUUUGCAUUGACAAUUUGAAAAGGCACCUCAUAAUAUUUUCAUUCAUCAUCAACGCCAUCAGUUAUUGAAUACUCUUUUUUUCACAUAGACAAAAUGCAGGAAAAUGAACAAAAAAAUCAUAAGCGAAUUUGUAGAGAAAGAUAAAAUUACUGCCUGGUUCAAUGAGCACUUCACAAGCAUAUGGCGGAAAACUAGCCUCUAACUUAAAACACAUUCUUCAAUAAAAGUAUGAGGAAUAGAAGGUUGGGUGUAGAAAUUUGUAUUCUUUUAUUUUGUUUUAGUCUAAGUACCAUCUAUCUUUGAACUGAAUCUAGAGCAUUAAUGUCUACUCUAUUUUGUAUUCCUCCACGAAGUAUAACUAACUAAAUUAAAACAAUUCCCUUUAUCUGUUGUAGCUAUCAUCAAUAGAUAUUUUUAUAACUUCAUCUUUUC